AUCGUUCAAGUUGUUGUAGAUCUCGACCUACUCUAUAUGGACCCUAACCAAAAUCAGGAAUGAGAGUCAGCGCGAUCCAUGCCGAGCCUGGUACUAAUCCGGGACCAAAUUUGUUCUUCCCUAUUUAUUUCCAGAAAGGAAAGAAUUGUUAAAUACUGAACGCCGACACCCAGACGGAGAGCAGUAGAACUCCUCUCUCUCUCUCUCUCUGCCCUUUUCUCCUUCACUUCAAUUGUGGAGAAUGAGGGUCCAUUUCCAGUUCAAAGUCCCGCACUCCGACCUGGCUCUGCUCAUGUUGAUGUCUUCCGGCCCUGUUAGUCCUCCUUCUUCCUCUUCUGUUUUUUUUUGGGUUUGUUGCCGAUGAGUAGUUCGAGAAUUCAGAUGCUGUAAUAGCAGCAGAAAGCUUCUGAAGCUCUGGGAAGAGAUGGUAGGCAAGACUCAAGGAAGAAAAAGAGGAAGGCCACGGAAGUAUUGCUCGGACGCUGAUGGCCUACCUCAGUCAACAAUGUGCGGUUCACACCCUCGAGGUGGACACUUGUCUCUUAGUGAUGCUGUCCAAAUGGCUUCGAGGGGAGAAGCAGAAACUCGAACUGAGACAGAAAAUUCUACUGAGAUGAUCAUCGUGACUCCACGAGGUGAGAGUGAGUCCUUGCCUUUUGUGAAAAGCUCACCAGCUUGGAAAGCGGUUCAAUCUAUGCAAGUGUUCCAAAAAUUCCCUCAAAAUCCUCAUUUUCUUCCUCUGACUGAGUACCGGAAGAGUUUCCGCGAAGGGAUGGCCAUCGGUCAUAUGGUAACAUUUGCGAAUGUUGUUGAAGAAGCAUUCAGGCUGAAGAUCACUGACCCUGUACACAGCUUUAUGACAUGUCUUGAAGCACUUCAAGACCUGGAACCUCACGGGUUUCAUGUCAAUGCCACUAAAGCUCGUCUAACGAAAAUGCUCUCGGUAAUAGAGCAGCUGCAGAAGCUGCACAAUGAGCAUGUAGAAGUGGAAGGUCGAAUCUCGGAGCUGACUUCUGAGAACGACGAAAUAGUGGAAGAGAUUGUGAAGCUCAAUGAGAAGAUAAGGAAUCUGCAAGAUGAACUUGCCUGUGCUGCAUCUAAGAAGGAGAAUAAAGACUCGGAGAUUACUGCUCUAAGAGAAAGUUUAGCUGCGAUCUCUGCAUCAAUCCAGAGUAUCGAGCUCGAUUUUGAGGAUGCAACUUAGUUUAGUUGAGAGCAUUAUGCUUAAAUAGUUGAAUGAGCUGGUUCUGAAAUUUGGUAUCUUGGUCGUUCCGUCUCCUGUCAAGCUCGUCCUUUAGCACUGAAGCUGGAGUUGAUAGUUUUAUUGCCUCAAACUUGGUUAGGUAGUUCGCCGCAGUCUGAAAUGUAAACUGUAAAUCAAGGUUGUUGAACCUGCCAUAGCAGCAACACUCAACGUGACAGUAUUUGAUGUGAAGGUAUUUUAAUGUGCUUUCGAGGUUCGGAAUCAUUUUAAUGGAUGAAAAUUUCAUUCA